AAAAAAAAAAAAGGUUUGACUAACGGUCCAAAGCGUUCAUCCAGCAGGCAGACUCUUCUCUAAAGAGCUCUUUCUUCUCCAAAAUGAAGAGACUUUGUUUUAUUUUUGCAGUGGCUAUCUGCUUUGCAGUUGGUCAAGCUCUGAACUGUUACAAAUGUGGCAUUGGCUUUUGGGACCUGUGCCUUACGACCAAGACCACGUGUGACGCCGGAGAGCAGUGCUACAGUGGUGAAGGGAAGGCAGCUGGUUUUGUCAGUAUCAAAAUGAAGGGCUGUCUCAGCACGGCUUUGUGCAACCAGACUACAAAUGAGAACAUCACGGUCGGCAGCGCCAGCGCCACYGUCUACAAGAUAAACAAGACGUGCUGCGUUACGGACCUGUGCAACGCCGCGCCGGGCCUGCCCGCGUCCUCCGCGCUCAGCCUGGCCCUCGCCACCAGCGCCGCUCUGUUCGUGGCCAGCRUGGUUUAACACGAUGAAGCAACACAUCCAAACCUAAUGUACAAACCAAAGCACUACAAGAAUAGAUGACUUCUUUUUUUUAAAUCUGCUCUUUUUGAGGUGUAUUUCCACUCUUACAAGAUUUUAUACGUUGACCUCGCUUCUGUUUUUUUUUUUUAGUCGCACAUAAGAACAAUUUUAUGAUGGAUGUGUCCAAAACAAUUUAAUUUCACAGUACAAGACAAGAUUAACUAUUAUUUACAUUUGAUACUUUUGUUAGAUCUGAAACUACAUUUGGAAAGUUAUCAGCUUAGCUUAGCUUAGCUUAGCUUAGCUUAGCUUAGCUUAGCUUAGCAAGGCAUGGCAUAACAUUAAAACUAAAAUGAAUAUAUAUUACGGUAUGUGUUAUUAAAAUGUGGUUUUUGUACACAUUUCAGUUUCUACUCAUUUCAAACUAAAUUUCAUGCUGAUUUAAUUCAAAGCCAGAUAUAUAACCCUUUGUGUCUUUACAUUUCUGUCUAUUUUUUUUACAUUUCUGCUUCUAUUUUGUAUGUGGUUGUCGAAUCUGAAGCUCGUUUUAAAGUUGUGGGAUGAAAGCUGGAUUCCUGUGUGUGUAUUUAAAGCAUAUAUGGUGCUGAUAAAAUGCACUGCUUGGUUGGGGGUGUAAUUACAAGAACGUUGUCUGUGUAAAUCAUAAUGUGUUUACUGUUUUAAAGACUUCCCUAAAAAGAGAGAGAAUUGUUACUUUGAUAUAAAAAAAGCGGGUUUUGACCAUUUGGUAAAUAAAUCGUACACAUGGGGAAAAGGUAAAA